AUGUCGCCGCGCCUGGACGAUCGCGCGCGACCGCCGAUACGCCCGGGGUCCGACGACGAUGCCGCCGGCGACGCACGCGAAAGGAGGGGUCGUCGCGAGGGAGGAAAGGGGCGCCGGGCGACGAACCUCGGAAGUCUCGCGGCCGUCGUCGCCGCCGCCGCUGCGGCGGCGUGCCUGGUGCCCCGCGGCGCGACGGCGCAGUUUCUCUCCGUCCCGGACACCUUCCUCUCCUCCACCGACCCGUCCGCGCCGUGCCCCGUGGACGUGGACGACCUCCGCCUCGACCCGGGCCUGGGGGAGGCGUGCGACCCCGGGGUUCAGGGCGACAACCUCUGCGACGCGUGCGUGUGCGACAUGGCCCUGCGACUCGCCGAGGCUGGGUAUCGCAUCACCGGGCCGGACGCGGUGCCUUUCCAGGCGUGCGCGCUGCAGAACCUCCUCGCGCUCCAGCAGCGCGGCGGGCUCAGCAUCGGCGGCAUGAUGGAGGUCAGCAGGCGCUGCAAGUCCGCCCCGGCGUGCAUACGGGAGAUAUCGGACGACUUUUUCGCGAAACCCCCCGAAACCCCGAGCGGCGGCGGCGCGGCGGCGCCGACCGCGUCGAUCCUCCUCGACGACGACGACGACGACUCGCACGACGACGCCCAAGCCGGGGCUCCAAUCGACGUGGAGUGCGAGGGGCAGGGGUGCGUCCUCGCGGGCCUCGUCGCCGCCGCUCCUCGCGAGCCCGACUCUUCAGCCCGAAGUCACUCCCCGAACCUCGCGUCUCCGCCGCCGGACGUGUUCGCCGCGUCCAUCGCCGUCCCCGUCGUCCUCGGCUGUUUCCUCAUCUGGCUCGUCGCGUUCUGCGUCGGUCGCGAGCGGCGUCGCGCGAGACUCGCGGCGGCGUUCGGGCCGGUUCCGGUCGGGGGAGGCGCCGGUAUCGGGGCUGGCGGCGUCGACACAGCUGGCGGCGCCGAGGCUAGGGUAUCCGCCGGGAUCGGUGAGGUCCGAUUCGACGACGUCGUCGUCGUCGCCGGCGCCGGGGGACGCGGUAAGACCCCUUCUCGACGGCUUCUCGACGGCGUCUCCGGAACGUGCCGCCGCGGGGAGCUCCUCGGUCUGCUCGGCCCCAGCGGCGCCGGCAAGAGCACCCUCCUCAAUGUCGUCGCCGGCCGAGUGGACCUCGUCCGCGGGAUGCGCCAGACGGGCGGCGUCGUCGCUCUGGACGACGUUCCGACGCGGUCCAGGCGCCUGUCCCGGCAGGUCGCCUACGUACCCCAGCACGACACCCACCUGCCACCGUACCUCACCGUGUUCGAGACGGUGAUGUACUCCGCGGAACUUCAGCUCCCGUGGUUCACGUCUACGAGCGAUAAGCAUGCCAAGGCGCUCGCCGUCCUUCACGAGCUUUCGCUCGCGUCCGUGGCGGAUUCGCGAGUGGGCGCGGACGACGGCAACGCCGGGGGUGGGGGCACCGCCGUACGAUCCACCGCUCGGCACACCGCGAAGGUCCUGGGGGAAUACGCCGCGACGUCUCCAGUCGUCGGCGCGAUGUGCAGACGCGCGUCGUCGGCCGGGUCCAGUCGCCGCGAGGACGAAAGUGUCGGACACAUGUCGGACACAAACAACGUUGGAGAAUGUCGGAAAACAACGUCGGACCACCCGGGUAAGGUCUUUCGGGGCACCGGUUGCGUCAGCGGCGGGGAGCGCCGCCGGGUGUCCGUCGCCAUGGAGCUCGUCACCGGCCCGGACGUUUUGGUCCUCGACGAACCGACUUCCGGUUUGGACGCCCACGCCGCCGCGUCCAUGGUCCGGACCCUGCGCCACCUCGCGACCAGGGGCACCGGGCGCGUGGUGAUCUUCUCGGUGCACCAGCCGUCGCCUCGAGCGUUUCAGGCCAUCGACAACGUGAUCCUGCUGGGCCCCGGGGGGAAGCGGCUGUGGUCCGGGGCGCCGAGAGACGCGGAUGAGUUUUUCACGCGAGCGGGUCUGCCGUGCCCGGAGGAGGACCUCGACGGGGGAAUGGAUAUCGGGGCGCUCGAGAACAUCGACACGUCCCGGGGGCUCGAGAACAUCGACACGUCCGGGGGGCUCGAGAAGAUCGAUCCCGCGGGGGCGCCCGCGGGAUCCUCGCGCGCUCUCGCCGCGGGGCUGUCGAUCCCGCCCCCGUCAUCCUCGUCCCCAUCCUCCUCCUCCUCCCACCGGGUGGACGUGUCCGAGUGGAUGCUCGAGGUGGCCGCUUGCCCCGCUCGGCGCGCCACCCUCGCCGCCGCCGCCGCCGCCGCCGCCGCGCCUUCGUCCAUGUCCACCCCGAGCUACGCCAAGGUCCCGUCGGCCUCCGCGUCGGCGCCAUCCUUGCCGACGCCGCCGUCCUCCGACCGACCCGAGCCCGCCACCGCUAAAACCCUCCGGCACCGGUCGUGGAUCACCGAGACGCGGGUGCUGCUCGGGCGCGCGGGACGGACGAUCGCCAGGGAUCCGUCUCUCCUCGUCGCGCACCUCUUGGUGGCGUCGAUGACGGCCGUGGUGCUCGGAUGGCUCUACCUCGACUCCCCAAAGUCCCUCGCCGGGUUUCAAAACCGCGCCGGCGGCAUCUUUUUCACCCUCGUCUUUUUCGGACUGGGGUCCACGUCAGCCGCGGAUAGGCUCGCGGCGGAGUCGGCGACGCGCGCGAGGGAGAUCCAGUCCGGAUACCACGGCGCGGGGUCCUACGUGUUGAGCGCGUUGGUGACGGACGUGGCGUGCCUUCGAGCGCCCGCCGCCGCCGCGUACGCCCUCGUCUUCUACUUCCUCAUGGGUCUCAAAGCGGAGGCUUCGGCGUUUUUCACGUUUCUCGGGGUGCUCGAGCUGUUCGUGGUGUGCACCGCGGCGAUGUCGUCGCUCGUGUCCCUGUGCUUCGACGUCCCCGCCGUGGCCAACCUCAUCGCGACCAGCCUCCAGCUGCUGGGCGCCAUGUUCGGCGGCUUUCUUGUGUCGAUUCAAAACGUCGCGCCCUACCUGCGGUGGAUCCAGUGGCUCAGCGUGUAUCGAUACGCGUGGGGCGCGAUGCUCGCGUCGGAGAUGGACGGCCAGACGUUCCUCUUCGACGUGAACGACUUCGAGGGCGCCAGGGUCCAGAUGCUAGUCGGGGGUCAGACCUACCUGAACACCUUCGCGCUCGACCCGAGGAACGUUCCGAGGGACGCCGCGGCGCUCGGCGGGAUAUUCGCCGCGCUGGCGCUCGCGUGUUGGGCGAGGCUUCACCUGAGGUUCGCCACGCAGCGGAGCUGA